AUGGAUGUUCUGAUCUCACUGCUGAUCUGCACCACAAACCAAGCUCAUCUGACUGUGAGUCCCAGCAGCUCUCAGUUCUUUAAAGGAGACUUUGUGUCUCUGAGCUGUGAGGAGGACGACAGCUCUGCUGGAUGGACUCUGAGGAGAAACACAAGGACACAACAGAGGACUCAGUGUGGAGACUCUGGGUUUGGAAAACCAGCUGGUUCUUCCUGUACCAUCAGCUACAUUGACCCAUUGGACAGUGGAGUUUACUGGUGUGAGUCCAGAGAGGGUGCCAUCAGUAACAUGGUUAACCUCACAGUCUCUGGUGGAUCAGUGAUCCUGCAGAGUCCUGUCCUCCCUGUGAUGGAGGGAGAUGACGUCACUCUGCUCUGUCAAACAAAGACCACUCCCUCCAACCUCCCAGCUGCUUUCUAUAAAGAUGGCUCCCUCAUCAGGAAACAGCCUACAGGUCACAUGACCAUCCAGCAUGUUUCCAGGUCUGAUGAAGGCCUCUACAAGUGUGACAUCAGCGGUCAUGAAGAGUCUCCAUCCAGCUGGAUCACUGUCACAGGCAAACCUACAACCACAGCACCACCUGGCACCACCUCAUCUUUGCCUCCUGAUUCCUCCGUCCUCCACCUUGUGAUCAGACUGCUCAUCCAUCUGGUGGUGUUCUGUCCGUAUUUCAUCUCCACUCUCCUGAUGGUGUCUUUAUAUCGACACAGAGCCUCAGGAAAUGACCUUUGUGCCUCAAUCCCACCCACUCAGCCUGAGCAGGGAUGGGAUAUGGAUGAGGAGUAUGAUGAUGUCACCACAGAGCAUCACUUCUGAAUCAGAGCUCUAUUGUGUCUCUGUGGGUCUCGCUAACUUUGUCCUCUCCACCUCUGUUGAACAAAUAGACUCUGAUCUUCAAAUCUGAAUAUUUUUUUGUACAUAAACAGCAAAUAUUCCUGCUCAGAGGAGGAUUUACUGCAGCUCUGUAACUAAUUUACUGUACAAACCAUUCAGUUUAUUUCCAAAUGAAUUCUGCAGCUGUUUUUCAAUCAGAUAUUUGGGAAAACCUAAUGUGUGCUACGUUCUGUUUUAUUGUUGGUGUUUCCUCUGUGCAUCUCCUUCCUGACCAGCUGAUUGGACAAAGUUUUCAUGGUUCUUUGUCUCUGACCCAGCAUUUUGAGUUUGAUACUUUACUUCUGUUCAUUAUUAUAUUUUCUCUUUAGUUCUUUAUUCUUGUUAUGUUUAGUUUGACAUUCUAGCUUAUAUCUCCUGCUUUUUUUCCCCCUUUUCCCUGAUUAGCUUCAGCUGUUCACCCUGGUGUUUCCCAUUUCUCUGAUUACCUCUGUGUAUAUUUAAACCUUUAGAUUGUCUGGUUUAAGAUUUAUGGACUUGGUUUUUUGGUGCCUGCUGGUACCUGCUACCUGCCUCACCUUAAUAAAGGCUUGUUUGUCGUUCAUUAAUUUUAGUAAAUAA